AUGGCAAAUCUUCCAGAUGAUAUCAGGAGAAACAUCCUAUCUAGAGUACCCGUCAAAAAUCUCAUGCGAUUCAAAACAGUUUGCAAACCUUGGUAUAGUCUUAUUCGUAGCCCUCUUUUAGGGAAACUACAUUGCGCCAAUGCUAGCAAAACAGGCACAUCAUCAAGUUUUAUUAUGUUUCGCUGCUGCUUCAAAAACAAAGGCAACGUAAUUUAUUCAAUAGAUUAUAGGUCACUAUCUUCAAAAUUAUUAUCUUCAGCAACAUGUAACCCUCUUGGAGAUUCUAGUGAGAUGGAUUUUCCGCCAAGAUCCGCAAAUUGUCGCCAACUUUGGGGUUCUUAUAGAAAAGAAUUUGAAAUAAUUUUGGGUUCUUCCAAGGGUUUGAUGUGCUUACGCUCAAAAAAACCUGGUUAUGAGGAUGCCAUUUGUCUGUGGAACCCAUGUACCAGAGAGUACAAGACGGUACCUGAGUCUCCACAUAAUUUUAGAAGCUCUAGCACCGGUGUGGAUAUCGGUUUGUAUGGCCUGGGCUAUGAUGAGGAGAAUGGCGAUUUCAAAGUGGUGAGAGUUGCCCAAGUUGAUUCACGUGCUGAAUGUUUUGAUUAUUCUGUUGAUGAGUCUGAAACUGAGGUCCUCGAGUUCGGAAGGUCAUAUUCUGUUUAUCAGAUCUACACAUUAGGAUCUAACUCUUGGAAAAAAUGUCAAACAAUGGCAUACAAAUUUCACGGUGAACUAAAAUCUGGGGUGAUGGUGAAUGGAGCUCUUCACUGGUGGGCUAUUAAACGACGUGACGGCUACGAAGCCAUAAUCUCUUUUGAUUUCACGGAUGAGAUAUUCAGGGAGGUUGCAAUAAUAGAAGGAUCUAUGAAGCAUCCACCAGGUAGCUUCAAAGCAUAUGAAAAUAACAAUGUUGGAGUAUUAGGAGGGUGCCUAUGUGUACUGCACAAGACCUUAGAUAAGGUUGACGUUUGGGUCAUGCAUGAGUACGGCAUAAAUGAGUCAUGGAUGAAACAUUUCACCGUUACGGAAGAGUCUGUUUUGGAAACCACCAGCUUGAGGAUAGUAUGCGACUUUGCGAAUAGCGCCGUUCUUUUCAAAACAGAUGAUUCCAUGAUUUAUUAUGACCCAAAUCAUGAAACACAACGUACUAGAAAACUCACGGUACCUGGUACAGACAAUUUAUACGGUGCCGGGAUAUGUGAGAUCAGCCUGAUGCCACUUUACUCUGGCACUUACUGUGAGAAAAUCAAGACAUAUUUGAGGAUCGGGUAA